AUGGCGGACCUCAACGCCCUCGGGAACCCCCCGAUUCAUUAUCGAUCUCUUGCAUUGUUUUUUGGCUACCUCUCAAUCGCAACCGGUCUUAUCCUCAGCAUAAUCCGCGUUAUCAGUGUCCGAUAUCAUGCCCGCCAGAAGCAAAAUGACUGGAAUGGACCCCAGCGGCGCAAGCAAUUUUAUCUCUUUGCCAUUUUGGCAGCUCUGAGCCUCGGCUUUACGUGGUUCUACAUGAUCAGUCUGUUUGUCUGGUCAUACAAAAAUUGGGCAUCUAGUCCUGAUGGACUAUUGUAUUCGAGCAUAGAUAUGCAUACUGUCACCCGGAUGGGCCUUUGGCUUAAAAAGACCUAUGUUUUCCAGCAAGCAUGGGAGACAGUUUCUGAGAAUCCGAUGCGGUUUUGGUGGAGUGGACAGAUCUUUGGAUGGACGAUUGGGUGGAGUAUUUUCCUUGGCAUCACCGGUCGGAGAUAUCGCAUUCCCCAUGUUUGGGUGUACAUGCUCGUUGCCCAAGCUGUCGGUGUAUCUGUCGCCGCGAAUCUUUUCUUUGCCGCUAUCACUGUCUCGCAACGACCCAACGAGAAACAUGAUAUCUUCGCAUGGUCUCCACCGCUAGUAUACGAGCUCGUCCCAGUCGUACUCUCACUUCUCGACACGGUAGCUGUGCCGAUCUUCGCGUACGAGAAGAAAUUCAUGAUCGUUCUACUCGCGCCCCAUGCUCUAGUUUUUAUUCCUUGCGUGCUGCGCCCGAGAAGUUCCGCCUCGAAGGGCGCUGCCACCAAGGCACAGGGAGAACAAACGACCAAGCGAUAUACUUUAUUCAUCUAUUGGAUUGCGGCGGCUUCCGUUGUUCUGCAGGCCUAUAUCACUGUUUUGAUGUUGCUAGAUAUAGGUCCAGAUGUAUCGUACGGCGAGGUGGCUCAGCGGCUACUGGAUACGGUAUAUGUUCAUCCUGCUUGCAGUAGCGAGUGCCUGGACACCAAGCUUAAGGAGUACGAGAAUGGGCCCCGCUAUCUCGCAACCGAUUUUGUGACGACCGAAGAGGCGCGCUUGAAGAUCUACAUGCGACAUCCAGCGGAGUCCUUUGACGAUAUCUGGGACUACUACACCCUGGGUGUACAAAAUGACCAGACUCAUUACACCGCGGUGCAGAGGAAGAUGACAGCCAUUUAUUUCUCGCUUUCCACGGAUAAUCCCAUGCCUGCACCGAAGAUCUGCUUCUAUCCCGCCAAUUUUGCGGCCAACGAUGAGGUUAUUGGACAGGGUGUAGAUGAAUGGCUGCAGAAAUACGCAUGGAACCAAAGGGGGAAGUCGAUGACAGAUAGAGUGCAGGAUGUUUUUACGCACCAGGGCCUGCACGAGAAGAAAGGCAGCUUCACCUUCUUAGGGCUUGGGCGCAAAGAGGACCCGACAAAGGAGUUGAGCAUGCAGAUAUAUCCACACCGAGCUCUCCUCAACUCCAGUCUAUUCUGGCAGCCUCCGCUAGAAGGAUUUGCCGCCCUUGACGCACCUGUGUAUUGCUUCCUAAUUACUUCACGGCGAUACACAGGUCGAAUACGACCUGUGUGCUCAAAGUCCUGCUGUGUAGUUGUUGCCGCAACUGCGACGGACAGAAACCCAACGCAGAAGCCCUGGGCUACUAUGACCGAAGUUGUGAUAGACAGCAAUUCUACCAUCCGUGAUAAGACGUCAUUCUGGGACAAAGGGAGACUGGCGAUAAACGCUGGCAACUGGGCCAGGCAACGCCGCAAGAAUGCCAAUCGGGGAAUAUUCUGGAGAUCCGGCUGUAGCCGGCACAGACGCUCGGUGGUCCAUUGCAAUUGGGUCAGUUGGGGUCUAAAAAGAACGAUGCGAGUGUUAGGAGGCAUGGUGGAGGCAAUCAUCACACUGAUAGCCAACACUAGCCAGUCGCAUUUGUUUUCAACCAAUGCCUGUAGCAGGCCAGAGUAA